AUGAUGUGUCCAAAAUCGCUUCAUGCUGCCUUCAUCCCCCAAGUCCUCUCCACGUCUCCAUCACCGCCAUCAUCUCUGAGUCAAGAUUCAGAUAUCUAUUCGUCAAUCCUGAGUCCUUUUCAGAGUCUCGUCUACCUGUUGCUCAUCAAAAUCAUCAUUUCAGCCAUCCUAACAGCCAUGACGCACCAGGUGCCUGGUGUACCACCCCUAUCUCCAACGCACUUUAUUCACUCCGUGACAGUCUCAAUUAUCAACCACAGGACCGAAGAGCAUGAUGCCCAAACAUACAGGGAUCUCUGCAACUCACGCAUCAACCUCUUAGAAAAGCAAUACCACAUCCUCAAAGACGCACUCCACAAAGCAAUGGGCGUCGCUGACAUGUGGUGGGGGGCUGACAAAGUAAACAACCUUGAACAACGAGCAAAACUCGGCACAACGCUCAUCGACGAGAUCAUCCAACCAUAUUUCGCAAAGACUCAAGCCCUCGUCGACAGACAUCAAGAUCGCUUUGACAUCGACGAGACAGUUCAUGCCUAUCUCGAGCUCUGCGGAGAAUCAUUGGUUAACUGCUUCACUCCCGUUCAGGGGAUGGAUUAUUAUCAAGCUUAUGCCGCAAAGGGUCUCGCCGUCCGCCUUGCAGAAGUAGACCAAAUCCGUACAAUCUUGGCAGAUUUUAGGAAGAAUUAUGGCCGAACGAUCCUUCUGGAGAAAGGGGUCCGCAAUUACGGCUAUGAGCGCUUUCUAAAGAAGCCUGAGGAGGACCCCAGGGUAAUAACCUGGUCACUGUUGUGGGCUGGAUUGACAAAAGCACAGGAUGUGAGGCUCUGGUCCAUCGUAGCCCGUGAAGACCUCCAGAUAUACAAACGUGACGCGUUUGAGAGCAUCAAGGAUGAACGCGUCGGUCUACUUGAAGACAAAAUCGAGGCGGCAAAGGAAUUUUGGCAUUUAAAGAUCAAGCUGGCAAAUGAAGAGGACCCCCAGCUCGAAGAUGACGACGACGAGAAAUGGGCGGAGCUCUUUGAAAGUUCUUUCGUCAGUCAAUUCGAGGGGAUUAUUGAGAAAACCAAGUUGCGACUCAUGAAGAAGUACAAUAUCUUUAAUUUCCGUUUCCUGGGCCCCCUGACUGACGGCGUCAGGUUUGAGGAGGAUCUGCGUUUGCAGGCUCUCCGGGGUCUGGAGAAGAAGGACUGGCCGGGUUUUAUGCAGUACAGAAUGCAGUUGCUGGAGGUUGAGAAGUAG